AUGGAUGGAGAGUGGGAGCCACCCAUGAUCGAUAAUCCUGAGUACAAGGGAGAAUGGAAGCCAAAGCAGAUCAAAAAUCCCGCCUACAAAGGAAAAUGGAUUCAUCCCGAAAUCGACAACCCAGAGUACACUCCUGAUGAUGAGCUCUACUUGUACAAAGAUUGGGGAGCAAUCGGUUUUGAUCUUUGGCAAGUAAAAUCUGGCACAAUCUUUGACAACAUAAUCGUCACUGACUCCGUCGAAGAGGCCAAGGCUCAUGCAGCAGAGACAUUCGAGAAGUUGAAGACGGCUGAGAAGGAAAAGAAGGAGAAAGCCGACGAAGAAGAGAGGAAGAAGUUGGAAGAAGAAGCCAAGAAGAGAGAGGAGGAAGAGAAGAAGAAGAAGGAGGAGAAGGAAGAAGAAGAGAAGGAAGAGGAAGAAGAGAAGGCGGAAGAAGCUCACGAAGAAUUAUAA